AUCCGCCGUCAGUCAGCACAUUGACACCAUAUCGGGCGGCCACGUUCGUAAACGACGUCUAGGUCUGUUUGACGCUGUCCGCGAGCAGUUUUCCGUAAUAGAUUUACACAGUUCGCAUCAUCAUCCGGUAGAUUUUCAUGUAGUGCGACCAUAUGAAAUUUUUCUUUAUUUUAUUCGCGCGAAACAAUGAACAAAUAAAAUAAAGAAAUAAGUCUGAAAACGAUCGCAGUUAGUUUGUGUGAUCUUGACGCGGCCAACGGGUAGCAUUGUCCGAGUUCCGUUGUUUUCCUUGCUAUUUAUUCUAUUACAUUACAUCUAACCUAAUCAUGCGGUCACUUAUGUGGUCAACUUUGUUUGUGUCAUUCUGCUGUUUGUACCGGUUAGGCGUAUUAGCACACCCGGCCGCAGAAAAUGUCGCCGAUUGUGCAGUCGCCAUUCAACAGUUCCGGUCAGUUGGCUUGUACGACACUCCUCAACAGAUCAUUCAAGGAACUAAUUUAAAAGUGUGCCAGUCGCGGCAAACCUGUUGUGAUCCAGCCACCGAAACCAGGCUGAUGGAUAUGGUGGACGAAGAGUACAAGAGACACCUGGCAGCACAUGCCGGGUACGUUAACGAUCUGCUCAGCUCCACCGCCCAUCACUUACAAGAUCAUAUGACUCAAAUGAUACGGAAGUCUAAGAGUAAAACCAUUCGAGUUUUGGCAGACGUGUACGUGACCAUUGCAGGUCCAGCCACCGAUCCCUUAGACAUGUUCCACGAUCGGUUAUCGAGGUACGUGCACGAGGACCCGGAAACCGUACCGGGUGCAAGUUUAGAGGAAGCCGUCUCAAAAUUGUUUACCGACCUGUUUCCUGUGGUCUACCGUACGGUAGCUGUGGCAUCGGAAAAACAGGACAAAGCCGCUCAGUUUGAUGAAGACUAUGUGCAGUGCUUAACAGGCAAAGCGUUAGACGUAAAACCAUUUGGUGAAGUCCCGACUACGUUAGCCAAGGAUAUAUCCAGGACAUUUACUGCCACGAAUGUUUUAGUGCAUGCUCUCAGAUACGGCAGUCAGUUGGUAAAUGAAGAACACGCAAAAUCUUGGCUGGGUUACGGGAACAGAGAUCAAUGCAUUGCCGCGUUGACCAAGAUGAGACAAUGUUCGUGGUGUGCCGCAAAAGAAGCAAAACCUUGUCAUGGAUUGUGCAUCAAUGUUGUGCGAGGGUGCUUAGCUAGGGAAACUGCUCAUCUGGACGCGCCGUGGACUGGCUUUUACGAGGCAAUCGAUCGAUUGGUGUCAGCUAUCAACAAUGGACAGUCUUCGGUUUGUCUGGAAGACCUGCUGAGAUCUUUACACUCUAGGAUAUCAGAAGCCAUUAUGUAUGCUAUGGAUCACGCGUCUGAAAUACAAAACAACGUGAAGUUUUUCUGUGGAUUACCCAAAUGGAAUGACCAAGUCAAAGAUAUGUUACCUGAAUCUAUAAAGACACCUGAGAGUCAAGAAGUGUGGAAUGGUGACGAAGAAGAUAAAAGUUCUGCUCAUCUAACAGACAAGUUAACAAAGUUUUCAGAUCCCGAAAUCGCUGUUAGGGUUCGUGGUUUAUUCGCUAAUAUGGCACAGUCUGUGUGUUCAAAUUAUUCUUCAACUAAUUGCUGGAACGGUCAGACUGUAGGAGAAUAUACCGACAACGUUGUUGGACCCCUGUUGAGCGCUCAGAUGUAUAAUCCGGAAUUUGAUUGGACGUCAUCCAUCAACACUCAAGACAAUAAAGUAGCAGAAGUCAUUGACAAAUUAAGACACGUCAGACAAAUGGUUUUAAAUCAAGUUAUCUCUAGUCCACAAUCGGAUUCCUAUAUGGCCGACGAGGCUGAAGGCUCAGGUGAAGGAAGUGGUAGUGGACCUGGCCGAGUUGGUUGGGGAGACGACGACGAUGCUGAAGAAUACGCUUCGGGUGAAGGUUCUGGUGAUAACCCCCUAACUACACCUGAACCGGAUGAUGAUCUCGAAAGUACUAGAAGACUGUUACCUAAGACGAAAAUAUUGAAAGACAACAGCGGCUCAUCCUAUGAUAUCAAUACUGAUGAUGGAACCAAAGGAAAGGGUGGCGCUACACCAUCUUUACAAGCGUCUACCACUUUGGUAUUCAUCGUUACGCUGUUCUAUACAUCUUCGUAUAUCUUGUUACCGGUAACCAGGAUACUUUAAAAACAUACAUUUUUGUUAAGUUAUAAUUAUUAUUCUUGUUAUUAAGUGAAAUUUUGUUCUUCAAUAUACCCAGCUUUCAUGUGUUUUUUUUAGGGUACUUUUCAAAAAAUGACGAUUGUUUACACUUUGUUUUUUUUUUUUUUUGGGGGACUUAUUUUUAUUAUUAUUAUUUUUUGUAUCAUUAUGUUUGUGUUAAUGUCCUUUAGACUGAUGAAAUUCGUGUGUAUUCAUAUUAAAUUAUUAUUUAUGUUAUUUUUAAAAAAUGAUAUUACGUUUAUCUGUGGUAAACGGCGAUUAUUAUUUGUUAUAUCGAAAACCUAACGCAAUAAUUUUAAUAACAAUCGUUAAUAUACCAUUAGGCUUACUAACAUUACCCAUUUUUUUUAAAUUUUAACCUAAUCAUUUUGUUCUUAAGCAAUAAAAACAAUAAAUAUAUGUAUAUAUAUUUUACAUUAUGACAAAAAUGGCUCGUUUUGAAGCUUAAAGCUCAUCAUGUUUAUAUAUAUAUAUACAUAUAAAUGUAUGCGACUUUAAGAUUAUUUUUGAAAAAUAAUUAAUUACUAUAGUGAUUGAAGUGUUGUAAAACAAUGAUAAUUAUUUGUAAGUUAAGCGUAACUAUUUUGACGGCACUACUCAAUUAAUAAUGUUAUUAUAAUUAUCAUUAUUUUUAUUGGUUGUUUAAUAUAAUUUUUUUUCAAAACGUUUUAAGACUGUAAUAUUAAUGUUUAAGUCGGGGAUUUAAACAAGCUCUAUUGUUGGAUGACUGACGGAUCUAAAACGUAAUGGCACCUUCCCAUUUGUCUAAAAUUCUCGACAUUUAAAUUUAUUCCAAUUUCCUUUUGAUAAUUCUAAAGAUUAUAACGACAUUAAUAAUAUCAUGAGAGACUUAACUAGGUCACGGUAUUUCACAAAACCGAUAUAAUUAAUUAUUUUUCGAAUAAAAACUGUCUGACAAACCUUAAAAAAUUAUGUAAUUUAUGAAAAAAAAUUUUAUUGCUAUAAUAAUAGUCAUACUGGUCCAAGUGACGUGAAUUUAUAAAAAUUCUAAUACAUUUUUAAAUCAAGCUGUAAAGUUAUGCCAUUUACUCAUUUUGUGUAAAUGGUUUCACAGUAAAUUCUAUUUAAAUUAUUAUUGAGGGACGUUUUAUCCAUUAGGUAUGCCACGUUUCCAAUUCGGGCUUCCAUGACGUAUAUUUGAUGUAAAAUAUAUAAUUGCUUGCAAAUAUCUUCAAAUUCAUUUUUUAGUGGAUUGUAAUGUAAAUAAUAUGUUAUUGAACAAUGUUAUAAUAUUAUACUAUUUUAAUAAUUAGUGUUGACGAAAAAAAGUGAAAGAAAUUAUUUCAAAUAUUUUAUGUGUAGUUGAUUUUUUUCUUUUUAAUGACUGUGAUUUGUAUAGUUAGAUAGGCAAAUUAA